UAUUUUUGGCAUAAAUAUUAGCAGCACGUCGACAGGGAGAGAAGCAGCAAUGGAAGGAGGAGGCAGUUCAACGAGGCCGGAGACCUCGGUGAUCGAAGAAUGGAACGGCAGCGUUUCUUCAAAACUCACCAAGACUGCAGCCUUCACUGUCGCCGGACCCACCGUACGGAAAUCGACUCUCCGUUUCAAUCAUUUUUCUCGGAGACUCCUCGACGCCUUUGUUCCUGAGGGGUUUCCGGGCAGCGUCACUCCUGAUUAUGUCCCUUUUCAAAUAUGGGAUUCAUUGCAGGGCCUUUCGACUUAUGUGAGAACAAUGCUUUCCACCCAGGCUCUUCUAAGUGCUAUUGGGGUUGGUGAGAAAUCGGCCACAGUUAUUGGGGCCACAUUUCAGUGGUUUCUGAGAGAUUUAACUGGAAUGCUUGGAGGUGUUUUGUUUACAUUUUACCAGGUAACAUUUCCUGGGGCAGACCUGGAUAGCAAUGCCAAAAUGUGGCGUCUUGUUGCAGAUCUCAUGAAUGAUGCAGGGAUGUUGAUGGACCUUCUUUCCCCUUUAUUCCCAUCGGCUUUUUUGGUCAUUGUAUGCUUAGGAAGCAUAUCUCGCUCAUUCACUGGGGUUGCCAGUGGUGCAACUAGAGCCGCCUUAACACAGCAUUUUGCUCUUCAGAACAAUGCAGCUGAUAUAUCUGCUAAGGAAGGCAGCCAAGAGACUCUAGCAACAAUGGUCGGGAUGGCUCUAGGAAUGCUUCUCGCCCACAUCACUAUGGGACACUCGAUGGCCAUAUGGUUUUGUUUUCUGUCCCUCACCAUCUUUCAUAUGUAUGCAAACUACAGGGCUGUUCGUUGCCUAACACUCAGCACAUUAAACUGUGAAAGAAGCUCAACUUUGCCGCAUUACAUGAAGACUGGUCAAGUUCUUUCACCAAAAGAGGUCUCAGUGAUGGAGCACAUUUUACCUCUGUGGAUGAGUUCAUGGACGGCGAGCAGGGUAGAAAAUUUGGGGCAACGGGUACACUUAGGUGUCCGUAUCUCUUCACUUAAUAAUGAUGAAGUGGUAGAUCUCUCGCGUCUUGCCAGCUCUUAUUACAACAAAGGAAUGUACAUACUACUCCCAAGAAAGAGUUUUGUCGAUGUGAUCAUGCAUAGAGAUUCGACUGCAGCAGAUAUCUUGCAAGCUUUUCUGCAUGCUCUUGUCUUGGCAAAACUCGACGACAAAAAUCAAUCUAUGCAUCUCCAGAGCCAUUCGUGGAUGGACAAAAACUAUGAAGACUUUCUUCUUAAGCUCCGGUCAUCAGGCUGGAGAACAGAACGUCUUUUAUCGCCCUCCGUUGCAUGGAAGGCAAAUUGGUCUAUAGAUUCCUCUGAUAAAGUCGAGUAGGGAGCUUCAACCAUCAUAGAGCAAUUCGAAUCCAACGCCUUUUUCCAAUGUAACUUCAUAAUUUAUUGCAUACAUGACACAGCUGGUUUUGAUUGCUCUUUUUGUUCAUUAGAUUUUGAGAGUCAUUUGUUGUUAUAUCAUGUUCUUCACAUCCUACUUGCACUCUAGUGCAUAUCAAUCUUGAACUUGUAUUUUUCCCCUUAAUUCUAACUAAAUUAUGGCUGUAUUGUGACACUAUAAGUUAUACCUCAGAAUCAAUGAAAUCUGAUUUUGUAUUGAA